AUGCGUGAUUAUUAUAUUAUGUUAAUUCCAUGUAUACUAGAUCUGCAGGUCCGCAACAAGGAAGCUUAUGCUCCAACGCGACGACUGGUAUAUACAAUGUAUGGUUCUCCAUCAUUUCCUGGUUCUUUAAGACCAGAAUCACAACAAAUUAGAAAUAACGGUUCUAUAAAUCCACCUUUUUCAAAUGGGACAAUGGGACAAUAUCCUGCUCAAAGUACAAAUCAACCUUUGCCAAAUAAUUUUCCAUUUCAACAAGCACCUAGAACAACAAUGGUUAAUAACUUUUGUCCUCAAAAAUCCAUUCCUCAAGCUAUUGUUCCUCCAGUAACAGCAGAUCGGCAAAAUAGUGCUCCUCAAUAUAAUCCUAUUGGCCAAUCAUUUCCACCUGUUCCACCAACAAAUUUUAAUGCAAACCCUCCAGUUCAAGCAUAUCAACCUCCAUCAUUUGGUGCACCAGCACCAUUUUCUGAUGGUCCACCUUUGAUUCAACCACACUCAAGUCAACCAUCUUUACCAAAUCCAACUGUUCCGCAACCAGGAAAUAUGCAAUUUGGUUUUCCUCAACAACCACCAAACCUUGAACAACUUCCUCCUGGAAUUGGAGGACAACCACCACUUACUCAACAUGAAAAUUAUCAUUUUCAAAAUUACAAUCAACAAUAUCAGCAAAAUAAUACAAAUUUCAAUAAUAUUGGAAAUUUUAGUAGCAAUGCACCAUCAACUACAGAUAGAAGAAUUGAUCUACUUACAACUAACAAUUUAUGGCAACUUGGUUUUCAAUCUGAUCCACCACAGCUUCCAUUAACUGUAGCAAAUCAAAAUAUUAAUGUAGAUAGUCGUAUUAUGAGAUCAACAUUAAGAGUUGUUCCUCAAACACGUGAACUUUUAAAAAAGUCUAGAUUACCAUUUGGUGUUACAUUACAACCAUUUAGGGAUAUGACAAAUUUAAAUAUUCUUCAAACACAUAUUGUAAGAUGUCGUUAUUGUAGAGCUUAUAUAAAUCCAUAUGUUAUGUUUACUGAUUUAAGGCAUUGGAGAUGUAAUAUUUGUUUUAGAAACAAUGAAGUUCCAGAAGAAUUUCUUUGGAAUCCAACAACUAAAACAAGAGGAGAGCCUACCGAAAGACCAGAAAUUAAAUGUUCUACUGUUGAAUUUAUUGCUCCAUCUGAGUAUAUGGCAAGAUCACCCCAACCAUGUUGUUAUAUUUUUGUAAUUGACGUUAGUGUCACUGCACAAAAGCAAGGAUACUUAAAUGAAUUUUGUGAAAAACUUAAAGAAAAAUUAGAAUUUUUACCUGGAUAUAAAGAAAAAAAUGUUUUGAUUGGUUUUGUCGCUGUUGAUGCUUUUAUUCAUACAUUUAGAUUUGAUAAAUCUGUUGAUGAGCCAAAAGUAUUUGUUGAAUCAGAUAUUGAUGAUCCAUUUGUUCCCGCUGCAGAUGGUUUUGUUGUUUCAUUACAUUACUAUUUGAAUAAAAUCAAGAAAUUUUUAGAAGAUCUUCCAAAUAUGUUUAAGGAUAAUACAACAACAUCAAAUUGUUUAGGAAGUGCUUUAAAUGUUGCACAUCAAUUAAUAAAAGAUGUUGGUGGUAGAAUUACAGUUUUUCAAUGUUCUUUACCAAAUGUUGGAUUAGGUUCUCUAGAAAAUAGGAAUGAUGCCACAAAUAAAACACCCAAAGAAAAUGAUUUAUUAGCUCCAGCAAUUGAUUAUUAUAAGCAAUUUUCAUUAAAUUCUAGUGCUGUUCAAAUAGGAAUUGAUUUAUUUGUAAUGGGAAAUGAAUAUGUUGAUUUAGCAACAUUGACAGAUUUACCUAAAUAUUCAAGUGGAGAGACAUAUUACAUUCCAUUGUUAGAAAAUAGUAAUAUUUAUAUGGAUGAUCCAAGAUUCCGUAAAAUAUUAGAUAGAUACUUAACACGUAAAAUAGGAUGGGAGGCUGUUUUAAGAAUAAGAUGUACUGAAAAUGUAACAUUACAUUCAUUUUAUGGUAAUCAUUUUGUUCGAUCAACUGAUUUAAUAAAUAUGCCAAUUGUUUCACCUGAUAUUGGUAUGGCAGCUCAGUUAGAAUUAGAAGAUGAUCUUAAAGGUCUUGAUAAAAUUACUAUUCAAGCAGCUUUAUUAUAUACUUCAUCAAAAGGAGAUCGUAGAAUACGUGUUCAUACAAUGUGCCUUCCUUUAACAAGUGAUAUGUUAGAUGUUUAUAGAAAUUUUGAUAUAAGUGCUUCAAUAUCACUUUUAACUAAAAUGGGUUCAGAGCGUGCAACACAUGGUGUUCCUAUUUCUGAUUGUAGGGAAGCCCUUUUAUAUUCUGCUAUUGAUGGAUUAGGUGCUUUUAAUAGAGCAAAUGGAAUGCAUCCUAAUGCACUUUUAUCACCAACAACAGAAUUAAAGUUUUUACCUUUAUUUAUUCUUGGUUGUUUAAAACAUGAUGCUUUCUUUGGUGCUGGCCGUUCUAUUAAAUAUGAUAAACGUAUUGCAGCUAUGCAACUUUUUUCAACAGCUCCUAUUGAAAUUAUUAACGCAGAAGUACACCCUGUAUUGUAUAAUAUAAAUAGUAUUCUUAAUUUAGAUCACGAUAUUCCUGAUAUUGGUGAAAGACCGAUACUUCCUGAAAUUUUACCAUUAAGUUACGGUAGAAUUCAUAGAAAUGAGGUUUAUUUACUUGAUGCUGAAUUAUUUGACGCUGAUACUUAUUAUGACGUUAAUGAUGGGUUUAUUUUAGAAGAACAAGAUAAUCAAACUUCUAAAAAACUCUUUAAAUUUAUAAACAAAUUAAUGUCUAAACGAGGUCGUUAUUCUCUACCAAUUAUUGUAAAAGAAGAUAGUCCCAACAGACAUGUAUUUGUUAGCCGUUUAAUAGAAGACAAAAAUGAAAGUUCACAUUCUUAUAUGGAAUUUCUCAGACAUAUUGUUCAAACAAUAAAAAAAUAA